CAACAAUUUCAUACAUCAAAGUAGUAGCAAAAAAUAAAACACCCUUCUGAGAUAGUUGUAAAAAUUGGGAAAAAAUGGCAGAAGAAGUGAAGUUGCUUGGCUUUGGGGGAAGCCCUUUCAGUUGCAGAGUUGAGAUUGCCCUGAAACUGAAGGGAAUCCCAUACGAAAUGAUAUCGCAAGAUCUAGCUAACAAGAGCCCUUUACUUGUUGAGCACAACCCUGUUCACAAGAAGGUCCCUGUGCUUCUGCACAACGGGAAGCCGAUUUGUGAGUCGGUUGUCAUUCUUGAGUAUAUAGAGGAGACAUGGAAAGGGAUUCCCUUAUUGCCCGAAGAUCCUUAUGAGAGAGCCAUGGCUCGUUUCUGGGCGAAAUUUAUCGAUGACAAGUGUUUGGGCACAGUAUGGAAGGCAUGCUUCAGCAAAGGCGAGGAACAAGAGAAGGGCAUGGAAGAAGUAUUGGAGCUAUUGAAAACCCUAGAAAGCCAACUCGAGGGCAAGAAGUUCUUCGGAGGAGACGACAUUGGAUUUGUUGACAUUGUGGCGGUUUUCGCCGCACUUUGGCUUGGAGUCCUCCUGGAAGUAGCAGGAGUGGAUUUGCUGAACGACGAGAAACUCCCUCUGCUAUGCAAAUGGACCGACGAGUUUAACAAGUGCUCUGCUGUGAAAGAAACCCUGCCUCCCAGACAGAUGUUACUGACCUUUUUCAAAGCUCAGCAGCCCGCAACCGGUCCUAAAUACAAAUAGGUUGUCUGGUUUGGUUGGUUAAUUUUCAAAUAAAUCUUUGUGUUUCAGAUUCCAGACAAGUCUUCUGUUUUAAGUGCUGGUUCUUGUGUUGUUAUGGUGUGGUGAGGAAAGUACUUGUAUUGUAAUGGAGUUGGAUGUUACUCUUGCUUUUGUUCAAACUAGUCGUUUUGCCACGUGCGUUGCACGUGGUUUGUUUGAAGCCCAAGUACCGUUGAAUUUGUAGUUCUUUUUGGAGCGGGUAUGUCAUUGAGAUCAAGGUCGUAAAUAUUAUCGGUCAUUCGGUAUGGAAGGAACCGCCACUCAGUCUCGGGCUUUGAUUAAAAUAAAUUGGGAUAAGAGUUAUUUUCUUUUC